AAUUAUCCGAUAAAUCACUGUGUGACACUAUCGAAUCUGCUGGCAGUCACCAUUCAUUGUACCAUUUAGUUCCGCUUGAUAUUUGUCUGUGUUCGGAUGUUACAUAACUAAGCUCUCUCUCUCGAUCGAUCGCCAACGUUAAACAAACUCAAAACAACAAUAACGUUUGACUUUUUACUUAUCUAUUUAAUGAUAAAUAAGUAAAAUUCAACAUUGACGACGCCAUGAUCAGUAAUUGUUUGUUUGAGAGAAAUUGGAAUUUUAUUACGGGCGGUAAUGUAUCUCAGCUCGAAAGAGAUAUCGGAUCGGAUCAAUUUCCUCCCAAUGAACAUUACUUCGGAUUAGUCAAUUUUGGAAAUACUUGUUAUAGUAAUUCUGUCCUUCAAGCUCUUUAUUUUUGUAAACCAUUUCGUGACAAAGUACUCGAGUAUAAAGCUCGCAACAAGAGAAAUAAAGAAACUUUGCUUACAUGUUUGGCCGACUUAUUUCACAGUAUUGCAACUCAAAAGAAAAAAGUUGGUUCUAUUGCACCAAAGAAAUUUAUCAAUAGACUGAGAAAAGAAAAAGAAGAAUUCAAUAAUUAUAUGCAGCAAGAUGCACACGAGUUUUUGAACUUUCUGAUAAAUCAUAUUAACGAAAUUAUCCUUUCUGAACGUAAUCAGUCUAAUUGUAAUGGCAAAGCCAAAAUAAUAGCGCCUAGUAUCGUCGACGGAGAAUCCACCUCGAGUAGCAUUACUAGUACAAGCAGUCAAAAUCAAGAUCCAACAUGGGUGCACGAAAUAUUCCAAGGGAUUCUGACUAGCGAAACUAGAUGUCUCAACUGCGAAGAAGUUAGCAGCAAAGACGAAGAUUUUUUCGAUCUUCAAGUCGAUAUAGAUCAAAACACGAGCAUAACGCAUUGUUUACGUUGUUUUAGCAAUACAGAAAUGUUGUGCAGUGACAAUAAGUUUAAAUGUGAUAACUGCUGUAGCUAUCAAGAAGCUCAAAAAUGCAUGCGUGUUAAAAAAUUACCAAUGAUAUUAGCUUUGCAUUUAAAACGGUUCAAAUACAUGGAGCAAUUUAAUAGACACAUCAAAGUAUCGCAUAGAGUUGUUUUUCCUUUAGAACUCAGAUUAUUUAAUACGUCUGACGAUGCUGUAAAUCCAGACAGGAUGUACAAUCUUGUGGCUGUAGUUAUUCACUGUGGAAGUGGUCCCAACAGAGGUCACUACAUCAGCAUUGUAAAGAGUCAUGACUUUUGGUUGUUAUUUGACGACGACAUGGUGGAUAAAAUCGAUCAAUCGGCGAUCGAAGAUUUUUACGGACUGACAUCAGAUCUGCAAAAAUCGUCAGAAACUGGUUAUAUACUUUUUUAUCAAUCUAGAGAUGCAGUUGAAACUACAAAAUCUGCAACGACUGAUACAAAAGCAAAUUCAUAUAAAUAAGUGUGUUGGCAACGGACUAGCCAAAGUGAUAAAUUACGUUCACGAUUAUGCCCCUCCCCCCCCCCAAGGUGAUAUUAUUUAAUUUAAAUUUGUUGACUAUUUGCAUAGUUUUUUUAUGUUUCCACUUUAUCCGAUUGAAUAAAUUCUAAUAGUUUAUUAGUUGAUGUUAGUCAAGCAAACAAUUAUUAGUGGUAGUUAUUAUCAACGAUUAUAUAAAUCAAAAAUUCGACUAAAAAAAAAAAAAAAGAGAGAGAUAAUCAAUUUUAUAUUUGAACCAAAAUAACAAAUUAGCCAUUAUUUAAAAUUCAUUGUGAUGGUGAACAACGUUAAGGAUAAUUCAGUCGUCUUAACUUACUUUCAGUCGUCUCGAUUAUUCAUUCACGCAAACGAAUAUGGGUUUUAUGUGGUUUUCCCAGUGUUAGGGUUUAUUGCAAACAUUUCUUAACCUUUUUGAUACUUGUAAAAUGUUUGUGUGAUAUAAUAUGUAUUUAAUAUUAAUUUUUAGCGAUUUUAAUUUCAAACUAAUCAUAUGUUAGUAGUUUGUACUACUCAAAGUGACUUGUACGGUGUAAUUUAAAUAAUUAAAUGACACGUCCUCUUAACUUCUCAUUUGCUAUAAGUCUCCCAGUAUUUCUAAAGUCAUACUGAAAAUGCAAAUUGAAAAUUGUGAUAAAAGUUAUAAAAAUAAUGUAAUAUCAGUAAUAAUAUAUCAUAAAUAAAUUUUAAAUUAUGCUUUUUCAACGGUUUAUGUUUAAAACAUUGAUGGUAACUUGAUGAGUUGUAUUUUGAAUUUCUCAACAUAAUAUAUAGUGUUAUUUAUAAAAAAAAAUAACUGCUUUUUGUAGAAAAAAAAAAAAGAUUAUUAUUUUACGCAUUUAUAAAAAAAAUUUAUUUUUUGACUAAAAGUUACCAUUGCUCUUUUACUCACGAGCUAAUUACUGAUUUGAUUUAUUUUAUAAUACUUAAGCUGAUUGGCUAAUUAAAAAUACUCAUAUAUUAAUUAAGAUUCGGAUAAUUAAAUUAUUGUUUGUCGUAAGUAUAGUUAAAAUCGAAAAUAAUGAUAAUCCUAGAGUUAUUUGUGUAAUGUAAGCAAUAAAUUGUUGAACAUGUUGUUUAAAUGAAUAAUAUAAUGGAUAGCAUUAAUAGUGUACAGUGUUGACCUGUAGUGUAUAGUUGACAUAAUGUUGGAAUUUUAAAGUUGUUUUGUUUGUUACUAUGAAGUUUUAUGAACAUGUAAAACUACAGAUGAAAUA